AUAUUGUAGUAAUAAUAAAAAAAGGAAAAUAAAAAGAGAGGGAGCUAAAAACAGAGGAACCACAACGCUGGGGACAGAACUACCGUAUAAGAAAUUCUUCCCCCUCUAUUUUCUCAUACCGAUUUUCUCUUUCUCUCCUGCCCUCUCCUUCGCCCAAUUUUCAACCCUGAAUCCGUCUCUCAGAAUCUUCGAUCUCUGUUUCUUCCUCAAAGUAUACCUUAAUCGGGAUUUUUUUUCCCCACAGGCUCGUGUUGCUGCAGUGAAAUUGUUCGUCAUAAUCGAUAAAGGGGCAAAUAAUAAUUUUUUUCUAUGUAAAUUUUGUCUGAGAUAAUGAACUUUUAGAAAUUUUAAGAUAAACAAGAAUAUGAGUAUGUUGGUUUUCUAUGGCAGGGAUUGCAAUUGUAAGUCAGAAAGAAGUUCUAUGGGAAUUAUUUUUUAUUAUAUUUAUAUUAUUACUACUACUAUUGUUGUUGUUGUUGUUAAUUUUUUUUUUCCCCAUAAAUUUGAAUCCUUUAUGUCCAUGUCUCUUGAGGUGAGUUUUAAAGUUGCAAAAACUUUUGGGAUAAAUGCAUUUCCUAAAACUUAAUCAUGUUUUGGUUGUAAUCUCAAGUUUUAUUUGGUGCAGUCAAAUUUUUUUGUAUGGGCUAUUAGUGAGUACUUGAUUCAAAGAUUAUGCCCUAUUAACACCAUCCAAUGCUGCUACUUUGGGGCCUUAAGCAAUUUAAACAUCAAUUGUGAUAUGUUAUCGUCUUAUUGAUGCUUAAACAUAAAUUUUCUGCCAGUCAAUAACUUGUUAUCACAAAUGCAAUAACAGAGUUAUUACUAAUUUUGAAUAUUUCAAAAUAUAGUACCAUGCUUCCACAUACUGAGUCCCAGAAAUAUUCAGUUAUCUUUAAUGUUGUUGCCCAGAUAUUAAGGGACUUCCAAGUAAAGGCAUCCUUGAAGCACAUCACAUUUGAAGCCAACAACAUUGCUCAUAGCAUGGUUAAAGGGGAGACCAUGAGAACUGGAGAAACUAAUAUCUUGUUCCAUAGCUGUAAUGGAUUUCACCCACCCACCCUUUUUUUUUAUGUAGCAUAAAUUUCAACUGAAAGUACUCAAAGGCUUGCAAAAUGAAAAUGUAGAGUGUUGUCGCUUAUCUACAAUAGGUUUAAGAUUGUAUACCAUUAAAGAUAAGUGAUAACACUCCACUAUAGGUUUAAGAUGUGUUUAAAGUUUUCAACUUGAGUACUAAGAAUGCAAUUAGUAAAGCUUCCGGCGCAUGGCGUCCUCCUGUGAAUUGUUCAAGACAACAUUAAGAGUAAAACCAAUAGUGCUUA